AUGCCUUUUUCAGAUGUAACUGCUGUACUGAAAAGGGAACUGAAAGUUUCAAAUCUUGGUCUUGAUCAUGGAAAACCGUUAGAUUUUCAAAUAUCCCAGCCCCGAACCCCUCCCCCCCUCUCCACCCGCUCUCGGCUUCGGAGUUUUCGCCUAAGUCAGAAUUUAACUGCUUUUUCACUCAUGGAGCUAUUUUAUAACAUUUAUUCUGAUUAUAUAGUCAAAAUUAUUCUAAAAUUUGUUUGCUGUCACCACUCACUUAACAAAUUACAAGUGGUUACAAAGGGUUACGUUUCUAUGUUAGUGAUGUAUUUUCUAGAGAAUGUCACGCGACGGAUCCUGCAACCCCUGUCUUGGAAUCCAAGAGCAUGCGCAUGGAACUGGAAUGGCCUGAAUAAAAUUCCUUUUUGGAUAAUUCGCCUAAUUCUGUGUGGUUAUGCUUUUGCAAGCUUCGUUGCUGCAGCAGUCGUUAUUGCAAACCGAGACCGCAAUCAUGCAUGGGUAAUCUACCUCACCAGUGUCAACCAUGUCCUUGUCACUGUGUACAUCCUGAGUUGUGGCGUACAAUCAACAAUGUACAUUUGGUGGUCACGUGAGAAUAACCAUAACUUGCCUGAAGGUGCCUCAAAGGAUACUUGGAAGAGCCAGAUAUUCAAAGUAUACACUAGAUUCCAUUGGGUGAUGUUGAAUGUUGCAGUGAAUGUAACUUCCUUUGUUUUCUUUGCUUACUGGUUUUUGGUUUCAAGCGAUGACCGGGAAUUCAAAGAAAGCAGAAAUGUUGCUAUCAGAUACAUGACUAUUGAUCGACAUGGGAUAAACUUGCUAAUUCUUCUCAUUGAUUUCACCCUUUCCAGAACGCCAAUGCGCCUGCUGCACUGUGUGUAUCCAUCAUGCCUGGUUGGUUUAUACUUCAUAUCCAAUUGCAUUUAUUGGGCCAGUACUGGCAACCUUGUGUAUGGACCAGUGCUUGACUAUGGGCGCCACACAGGCAAGGCGGUGGGGAUGAUUUUGGCUGCAGUUUUUAUAAUAGCUCCAUUAAUACAACUGAUCUGGUUCAUGCUGUACCUUCUGAGAAGGCGCCUUUCAAAAGGAACUGACGCUGAGACUGAAGCUACUUACGAGCUGACUUCUUGUGAAACGAACCUAAUUGAGAAUUAACGGUCGUGAUGUAACUGGCCUUGCCGGUUUCUAAAUACAUGUACAUGUAGAAA